AUGUGCCAACAGUGGUUCUGCCUAUACGCCUGCGGGCACAAGGGUUUCUACCGCUACGACCCCUGCCCGGACUUCGGCACCAAGUGCUACGGCGCCGGCGGCGAGCAGUCCCUCUUCAGCGUCACCAACACGUGCGACGAUUGCCAGAGUAGGGCGGCGGAACCGAACCCCGAUGGACGCAAGGACGAUCCGUACCUGAAGGAGAAGAAGAUGGCUUAG